AUGAUCUUUCUGAACCACAACAGGAUAUUAAUGUCGGCUGCAUCUCGAAUAAAGGCGCUUGAUGCCUCUGUAGUGAAUAAAAUUGCAGCAGGAGAAAUUAUUAUUUCUCCUGUCAAUGCUUUGAAAGAAAUGCUGGAGAAUUCAAUUGACGCUGGGGCGACGCAUGUAGACGUAUUAAUAAAAGAAGGUGGUGUUAGAUUACUCCAAAUUGUGGAUAACGGAAGUGGGAUAAUGAAAGAUGAUUUGCCAAUUUUAUGUGAAAGGUUUACUACAUCGAAGUUAACAACAUUUGAAGAUUUGAACAAGAUUCAGACCUAUGGGUUCAGGGGUGAAGCCUUGGCGAGUAUUUCUCAUAUUGCAAAGUUGACGGUUAUAACCAAGACUAAAGACGAUACUUGUGCGUGGAAAACGUCAUAUAAAAACGGUAAAAUUACUUCUGAUUCCAAACCAACAGCUGGUAAAGAUGGAACUGUCAUUAUUGUUGAAGAUUUAUUUUAUAACAUACCUUCUAGGUUACGUUCUUUAAGAUCAUCUGCUGAAGAGUUUGCGAAAAUUUUGGAUGUCCUUUGUAGAUAUGCCAUUCAUACGGACAACGUUGGGUUUUCAUGUAAGAAAUUCGGGGAAUCACAGUUUUCAUUAAAUGUUCGUUCAGAAGCGACAAGACAGGAGCGAAUCAGAUCAAUAUUCGGUAGCCAAGUAUCGAAUAAUUUAAUAUCACUUGAUAUGCAAGAUAAUAGAGAAUACGGAAUUGUGGAAAACUCUGGCAAGAUCUCAAAUCUGAAUUACAAUAUUAAGAAGGGAAUUCCGGCAAUAUUUUUUAUUAACCAUAGAUUAGUUUCGUGUGAUCCCCUGCGAAGAUCUUUGUUUCAGGUUUACAGCAAUUUUUUACCUAAGGGUAGCAAGCCUUUUAUUUACUUAAGCUUGGUGAUCGCUCCGGCUAAUGUUGAUGUUAACGUUCAUCCUACUAAACGAGAGGUUAGAUUUUUGCAUGAAGAUGAAAUUAUAGAAUGUAUUUCUAAUAAAGUUCAAGAGGAAUUACAAAAGAUCGCUUCAUCCAAGUCUUUCAAGCCUGGGAGCCUCGUUACGAAUAAAUUAAUAUCAAUCGAUAAUGCUUCUCCUGGAACAUCAUCUACAUCUAUGAACAGCGCGAUAUCCAAGAUUAAAAGACAGGAAAACAAGCUUAUUCGAACGGACUCCUCACAAACCAAAAUAACCAACUUCAUUAGAUCCAGCCAACCUAAAAUACACGCAUCGUUUUCAACCUCUAUAAGAACGAAGCCCAAACCGCUAUUAGAAAGUGAUGAAAAUACGGAAAUUGUUCCUAGAAGAGGUACACCUGAAGAAGAAGGACAUGAGACAUUAGUCGGUCAAAAUUGCAGCAAUAACAGCCGAAUUAUUAAAUCAUUGUUGCAUAACACAUAUGAAGUUGUCCAACGGGAGAGGAUCGAUGUUAACUUGACAAGUAUCAAGAGCCUUAAAGAAACUGUUGAUAAUGAAACUCACAAGGAACUAACAGGAGUCUUUGCUGAUAUGACUUAUAUCGGUAUUGUUGAUGAAACUAGAAGGUUGGCUUCGAUUCAACAUGGAUUAAAGUUAUUUUUGGUCGAUUAUGGGUCUUUAUGCAAUGAGCUAUUUUAUCAGAUUGGUUUAACUGACUUUGCUAACUUUGGUAAAAUAUACAUACAUGACGAAUUAGAGAAUAAAGAAGGUCUACUCCUCUCUAGUUUGCUUUCCAGAAUUGAUAAUCUUUCAUCAACCAAUAUGGAUGAAAUAAUCAAGCGAUUGUGGAAUAUGAAGGAAAUGCUAGAUGAGUAUUAUUCAAUUGAAUUGAAAGGUGGUGAUGAUUCAAUCCAAGAUGUCAGAAUUAAUUGUGUUCCUUUGCUACUGAAAGAUUAUAUGCCCCCGUUGUCAAAACUUCCUUUUUUUAUAUAUAGAAUGGGUACUAAAGUUAACUGGGGUUCUGAGAAGGACUGCUUGGAUGGAAUACUGAAACAAUUAGCAUUGUUUUAUAUACCAGAAAUUAUUGAGCAUGUAGAUCAGGAUGAUGUUUCUGUCACUCAAGAAAUCAGGACACAGGCUGUAUCAAAGACAGAAUAUUUGAGUACUGUGCUAGAACAGGUUAUAUUUCCAACAAUCAAAAGAAGAUUACUAGCUCCAAAGGGAUUGUUAAAGGAUGUUAUUGAAAUAGCAAACUUACCUGGAUUAUACAAAGUCUUUGAAAGAUGCUAA